UUAACCGGCGGGCCGUAAAUUUGCGUUUCAAAUUUUAAUCCGACCAGCCCAAGUCACACAUUGUCUCCAAACCAGCCCAAAACAAAAUAGGCCCACCUAAGAGGCCUGACCCAACCCAAUAAACUCGCCCUCACCAACAACAACCCCUCCCAAGUCUCUCGAUGCUCCACCGCAUCGCUGCCCUCCGGCCGCCGCCGCCGCCGCCGCGUGCGGCUGCACCGGUGGGGGCCACGGCGGCACCGUAUUCCUCAAAGUCCACCUCCAUCCCUCAGAAGCAGCAGCGCGUCCGCGACCACGCCUUCGAUGGCAUCAUGGAGGUCCAGAAGCGCGUCCGCCGCUUCCUCGCCCUCCACUCCCUCCUCCUCUACGCCGCCGCCCCCACCGCAGCCUGCCGAGGCGGCGGCGGUAGCGGCGCCGUGUCCGUCCCCUUCUCCCGCCUCGGGGCCCUCGCGCGCCGCCAGCUCCGCCUCGCGCCCCUCGACGCCGGCCACUUCCUCCUGCGCCACCCGCACGCAUUCCACCUCUUCCUCCACCCCGUCCACCGCAUGCUCCACGCCCGCCUCACCCCGCGCGCCGCCGCGGUGCUCCGCCUCGAGGCCGAAGCCAUCGCCGCCGCGCUCCCCGCCUCUUCCGUUCUCCGCCUCCGCAAGCUCCUCCUCCUCGCGCCCCCGCACCACCGCCUCCGCCUCGAGCACAUCCGCCUCCUCCGCCGCGACCUUGGCCUCCCAGACGACUUCGCCGACUCCGUCAUCCUGCCCCACCCCACCCUCUUCCGCCUCACCCCUGACGGCUUCGUCGAGUUCCUGCCCUCCCCCACCGACCCACCCGACCUCACCAUCGCCGCCGUCGAGCGAUCCCGGGAGCGCCACUACCGCGAGCACCGCGCCCCCGGCUCCGGCGAGGAGGAUGCGCGUUUCGCGUUCCCCAUCCGUUUCCCACCAGGGUUCAAGAUCGGCAAGUACUUCCGGAUCGCCGUCUGGAAAUGGCAGCGCCUCCCCUACGCGUCACCCUACGCAGACGUCUCCGGCCAUGAUCUGCGCUCACUUGAGGCACAACGCCGCAUGGAGAAGCGUGCGGUAGCUGCCGUCCAUGAGCUGCUCUCGCUCACCGUUGAGAAGCGCACCACACUGGAGCGCCUUGCGCUGUUCCGCGAUGCGCUCGGCGUGCCCAAGAAGAUCAAGGAGUUCUUACUUAAGUACCAGGGCAUAUUUUACAUAUCCACGAGGGGAAAUCAGGGGAAGCUGCACACGGUGUUCCUCAGGGAGGCGUACUACAAAGGGGAACUUGUUGGGCCGAAUGAGAUAUAUGAGGCAAGACGGAAGCUGGAGGAGCUGCUCAUGAUCAGCCCACAGAAGGCGAACUUGGACAGGAUGUUCACCAGCAUGGGUCGUGAAUGGGAUCAGCUUGGUGGCGGUCGCCGUGGUGGUGCUGAAUUGAGGGAUGGGUUUCUUGGGGUUGGAGCUGGCCGGAAAAAGAGUGUUGACGCUGAUGGAGCCGAUAGUGGGGAGGACUCAGGUGUUGAAUCACUCUACAUUGAGUGAGGAAUAGAAUCAACUUGGGAAGCUUGAUUCUGGAACAGGCAUCGACCUCAUUUGGAAAGGAUGACUUCUUGUACUGGCAUCAUCACCACAGUGUCGUGGUUUGGACUGAUGAUGCUACGUUUUGAGUUUCCAAUUGCAGCAGAGGUCUUGUGCUAAAAUUGUCGACACCAUGAGUAAAAUGUGAAUCACUGAACUGUGAGCGAAGAUCCUAGGUGCUACCAUGCUUCCAUGCAUCUGCCGUGUGGUUAGAUGGCCUCCUCCCUUGCGCUCCCUCAUGCAAAGACAGAACUCAAGAGGCAAGAGAACACCUUUCAGAACUCAGAGCCUAUGCUUGUAAGCUUAAUUGGUCAAGUGUUGUGAGUACUCUGGUACAAGGAGUGGAUCUCUGUCUUUUGUUUAGCCCACUGAAAAUUGUGUAUGUUUAGGUAUUGGCAUUAGUUCUGUAAUUGUUUCUUAAUUCUUCCUUAUAUGCAUGCAAACAAUUAAAAUGUUAUGGGUAAUAACACCAAUAAGGAAUGUGUUCUUAUCUGCA